AUGGUGUGUCAGCUGCACGACGGUCUGAUGGCGCGAGUCACGGACAACGGAGCUGUCUCAGAGACAUUCGCAGUGACCAAUGGAGUGAAUCAGGGCUGCGUACUGGCGCCUACCCUCUUCAGUCUCAUGUUCACUGCCAUGCUGAUGGACGCCUACCGCGACGAACGCCCCGGGAUCCGCAUCGCCUACAGAACGGACGGUCACCUCCUGUAUCAACGGCGGAUGCACUUCCAAUCGCGUGUAUCCACAACCACCGUUCCCGAACUCCUCUUCGCCGACGACUGCUCCCCGAACACCACCUCGGAAGAUGAGAUGCAACGGAGCAUGGACCUGUUCUCUGCUGCCUGCGAGAACCGCGGUCUGGUCAUUAACACGCAGAAGACGGUGGUGAUGCAUCAACCUCCACUCCACUCAGUCACAGCCCCCAACGCGCCGCCGAAAAUCAGCGUGAAUGGAACCCAACUGCAAGUGGUGGAGAACUUCUCGUACCUGCGCUGUACUCUCUCCUGCAACACCAAGAUCGACGACGAAGUCGCCAGCAGGAUCUCGAAAGCCAGUCAAGCCUUCGGUCGCCUCCAAAGUACAGUCUGGAAUCAUCACGGUCUCUAA